AUUGUCUUCCAACAUCAAGCAGUGUGGUGAAAAAGCCCACUCUCUUAUUGCCCCGGAUUGCCUUACAGCCCAAAAUGCUUCACUUUUGAGCGAUUUAAAAUCAAUCAUUUAUUUAUAACAAUCUAAUUACAGUUUUCACCCACACACAAGUAGCUCAUUUACAACGGCCCGCUUUCAGCCCGUAAACCCAAAAAGCCCCCGAAAUCCGAGAAAAUCCUUAGAAUAUUGCAGUCGCUAAUAGGCACGCGAAAGCUUCUUAGGAAAAAGAACAGCAAACUAAAGUAGCAAUAAAACAAACUUUUCAAGCUGGGUUAAUAAACUGCCAUUUCACAAUCGAUUAUUGAAGUAACUCGAAUUGAGUAUUUUAUUUGACCAGAAAAGCUCCAGCUUCUGAACUUCAAAUUCGCCCAAUCUGGCUUAGAGGAUAAUAGUUAAAGAGACAAGAUUUUAAAGGAUAAAAACUAUCAAAUGUCGAGACUAAGGUCCGAAGAGCACGCAAUUAUUUGGAAAUCAAAACUCGAUUUUGUGAUUUACGAACGAAGGGUUCCAAUUAACCGCUGAGUUGUAGUCCAAAACUUGGCGUUAUUACCAAUUUUUUACCAGACAGCGAGACAUAUUUUUACCAAUUUAUUAAACUAGAGAUUAAGUCUCUAUAGAAUAAUUACGCAGUCCUAAACGGUUUAUUGUUACCAUUUUAUAAUUUGGCGCUCUAAUAAAAAGAGCCACAAUUUUACAAUUCAAUAUUUAUUUUUGAUCUUAAGAAGAGUAAAUAUUCAGCUGAACACUCGAAAUUAUGAAGAGUUUUAAUCUGAUCAUCUUUAUAUGUUAUGUCCUUUCAUUUCUGCCCCUGCAUGAUUGCAAGAGUGCACCAAAGUACCCGUGCCCUAAAGAGUGCGAAUGUUUUCCAUUCGGACAUUACUCCGAAAUCGGCUUGAAGUGUAGAAAAGCUGGCAUAACAUCUACAGCGUUUUUGAGAAAUGUACCCUUUCCAAAUUCGGUCGGUUACCUUGACCUUACCGAAAACAACAUUACGAUCAUCGAAAAUCGUCACUUGUACGAUUUUUCAAAUCUUACCAACUUGAUUUUGAGCAAUAACGACAUCGAGUUCAUCGAAAGUGACGCUUUUAUCAAGCUCGGAGCCUUGAAGCAACUCACACUAAGCCACAACAAGCUUCAAAUCGUACCCGAGGGUCUUUUCCGGGAAAAUACGAAUCUGAAUGACCUCGACUUAACCCACAACAAGAUCCACGUCAUUCCAAGUCGACUCUUCAAAUCCAACUCAAACCUGGCGCAUUUGAAAUUAUCUCACAACUAUCUGGUUUGCAUCGAGGAAAACACUUUCGGCAACUUGAUCAAUUUACAGACACUGUAUCUGGAUAACAAUAAUCUCACCACAUUGUUUGAGAGUAACUUUCAGAACCUUCCAACCGAGAAGCUGACGAGGUUUAUGGCCCAUGACAACCAGCUGAUUUGUGACUGCAACGUCCGCUGGUUCACAGGGUGGCAACAGAUCAUGCAGACGCACGCCUUACCUGUUCAGACGGAGCAGCUGCCCUCGAUCAAGUGUUCGUUUCCGGCCCAUCUGGAAAACACCCCCUUGCAGUUGGUGGAAUCGGACGAGUUUGCGUGCUCAGACAGUGACGACAGCGUGCUUAGUAACAACGACGGCUGGUGGGUAAUGGUUAAAAAUGAUCCAAUGGAUAACCAAAUGGAUGAUCCCAAUUCCAAAACAGACGGGAUCCAGAAUGAUGAGGGAAUAAAGAAGCCUAUCAGCAAGAACAGAGGGAGUCCCCAGACCAUUCAAAAACUGACACCCGAGGAAAGACACGCGCUCUACUGUCCGGCGCCAAAAGUUUGCCCCGAAAAAUGCGACUGCUAUCCGGACGGAACGGUAGACUGUGGAAGCAGGGGAUUAACCCAUGUCCCAUUUAACAUCCCACAAAAUGCAGUUGAGCUAAGACUGCACACGAACCAAAUCACGAAAUUGCCUAAUUACGCAUUCUCCAAGCUCAAAAUGCUGACCAAGCUGGACAUCUGCAACAACCAUAUUUCCGAAAUUGAGCCCUAUGCUUUCAGUGGUUUGGAGAAGUUAACACAGUUGAAUAUUUACAGCAAUCAGAUCGAAGAUCUUCCAGUUGAGACUUUCAAGAGUUUGUCGCAACUGAAUAUUUUGCUUCUGAGUACGAACAAAAUCAACUGUCUGCGUAGAGGACUGUUCGAUAAUGUAACCCAUUUGCGACUUCUUUCCCUUUUCGGCAACAAAAUCCGCUCGAUUGAAGACGGAACUUUCAACAAUAUAAAGUCAACUUCAACUCUACACCUGGGAAGCAACCCUCUGAUUUGCGACUGCAAUCUUAAAUGGAUAUCAUUCAUGCCGGCUAGGGUGUCAUCUAGUGCCAAAUGCGACUACCCCGAGAGAGUGGCUGGAAAAGCCGUUUCUCAGAUGGACUCGGAUGAAUUCAUCUGCGAGGGAGGCGAGAGAGAAAGAACUGCGAGCGCCGGAUCCUGUUUCAUCGAUUUACCAUGUCCCGAGAACUGUCACUGUCACCCAGAGGGGAAAAUCGAUUGCUCCAGAAAAGGACUGAAAUCAAUCCCUAUGAAUUUACCAAAGUAUACCAUCGAUCUUGAUCUUUCAGGAAACAAGAUCUCAAAAGUUCUGGCUGAUGGGUCGUUCAAAAAUUUGCCAAACCUCCGCAAAUUGGAUUUGUCGGAUAACAGAAUCGCAAAAAUUGAGUUGAAUGCUUUCGACGGAGCUUACAAUUUACACGAACUUGACUUGAAGAAAAACGAACUCACUCAUGUUGAAGAUGGCGUUUUUGAGUCACUUAAGAACCUGACUUCUCUCGAGCUGCGAGAAAACUACUUCAAAUGCGUCAAAAACACAACUUUUACAGGGCUCAGAAAGCUAUCUUAUCUAAGUUUGGCAGAUAAUACAAUCAAAACUAUCGAGAUCAACGCGUUUGAGAACCUACCUUUAUACACGUUGAAUCUACUUGGAAACCACUUGAUCUGUAAUUGCUACAUGCAAUGGUUCAAUUCAUGGCUGAAUAAUAAAAUCGAUUUGGUCCAUGGGAAUCCACGAUGUCAACAACCCUCGAACUUGAAAGACCUCCCGAUUUCAGAUUUAAACAACAACGAUCUCUCGUGUGAUUUCGACGACCAAAACGCAUGCAUAUACGACUCGAAAUGUCCCGACUUUUGUACAUGCGACAAGACUUUCGUCCAGUGUCGUGAGGUCUCCGUGAGUAUUCCUCAGAAUAUACCCUUAGAAACGACACAUCUCGCGAUCAACUCGGCUCUGAUCCAAGAGUUCAACCCAGCUGAUUUCGAGUAUCUUCCUAAUUUGGAAAUUUUGGAUCUCUCGCACAAUUUCAUCGGAACUGUCGUGCCUCCGCCUGUUGACCGAACAUUCAAAGGGUUGAGACGACUAAGGAAGUUGAACCUCAGCUACAACUAUAUUAAAUGUAUUCAACCCGAAACAUUUCAAAUUCUGUGGGAGCUCGAAGAGCUGAUUUUGAACUCAAAUGCGAUUUCUCAAAUUUUUGAUACGACCUUUGAAAACAUGACCCACAUUAAGAAACUGGACAUUUCUGGAAACCCGAUCUACUGCGACUGUAAUUUGAAAUGGUUGGCAGUCGCUCGAUUGUCCAGUGGAAUCGAGAUCAAGGGUAAAUGCAGCGAGCCGGAAAGAACCAAGGACCUCGAAAUAUCUCACAUACAUCGCAAAGAAUUUACAUGUAUGGAGGACGAGCCGCCAGCAUACGUGGUUGGAAAAUGCAACCCCUGUUCACUCAAACCUUGCAAUGGGGGGACUUGCAAAUUAACGAAAGGAAAUGGGGACUUCAUUUGCGAGUGUCAAGAAAACCACGAGGGGAGAUUUUGUGAGAAAAUCAUUGAUUACUGUUACGAGAAACCCUGUCAAAACGGGGGUCAGUGCAAGUCGCAUCCUGACAACAAUAAGUUCACGUGUACAUGUCCGGAUGGUUACCAUGGAAACAUGUGUGAGAAAAACGUGGAUGAUUGCGUUGAUCAUCAGUGUCAAAAUGGGGGCAAAUGUGUUGAUGGGUUAAACGAAUACACCUGUGGUUGCGGAGUUGGCUACAGAGGGAGUUUCUGUGAAAUUGACAUCGAUAUCUGUGAGUCCUCGAAUAACCCUUGUCAAAAUGGAGGCGUCUGCGUCGAUAUGGGAAGCGACUAUCAAUGCCAUUGCCAGAAAGAUUUCACGGGUAAGAAUUGUGAGCAGAAGAACCAUUUAUGCCUGGACAUCGAUGGCACUCCUGUUUGCAAAAACAAUGCAAUGUGCCAAACUGAUCUUUUCGGGUACCAAUCUUGCGUAUGUGAAGCGGGGUUUUCAGGAGCCAUUUGUGAUCAAAAGUUGUUCACGUCUGAUGACACAUCUGGACCUCUUAACGACGAUGCAUGCGAAUCAAAGAGAUGCAUCGAAGGCCACGGACGCUGUGCAGUUGAUACUUCCGAGCAGGCUGUCUGCAAAUGCUUCGAUGGAUUUUCAGGCGAAUAUUGCGAGCAUGUCACUUCAAUGAAGUUCAACAGUCAAUUCUCGUCCGUUCACGCAAACUUUGAAUGGAGAGAUGUGAAAAACUUCACAUUUGUCGGAGUUUUCAAGGACGACGCCGGAAUUAUUUUCAGCUCAACCCUGAAAAACGUCUACACAGAUUGUUCCGCAUGUUUUCUCACUGUCUACAUUCGAGAUCGGAGGGUGGGGGUCUCUUUGAGACAGUCAAAUGAAGGGAAAGUUAUAAAACUUGAAAGCGGGGUCAUUAUAGCCCGGGAUAUCAGCAGCAAAUUUAGCGUUAGAAUGUCUCAAAGAUAUUUGUCAAUCGAAGACCAAAUUUCAAGACUUAACCCGGCACAUAUUGUUCUGGACUCUGUCGCAAUUUCCGAUGAUUCUUUUGGCGUUGAGCAGUUCGUAUUUGGGCACAAUUCUAAGUUACCCAAAAAAGCUCUGGAACAUGCGCAGGAUACAAGCAUUGGCUGUGUAAAUGCUUUUUACUAUAACUCGGAGCAAUUCUUUUUCGAAAAAGCAGAACAGCAAAGUAAGAUUGAGAGUGGUAUUUGUGUCUACGAUGAUGCUGCAGAUCCAAAUCAAGGGGUCCUUAUGGAUACACCAGUGGAUCCCCCCGAACCGAGGAUUUGUGGGGAGCAAAAAGAUCAAACCGUUUUUAACGGUGAAUGCAAAAGUACCCGAACCUAUAACAUAGUUGCCGAGUGUCCCGCUACAUGCCGCAACAUGAUUCCCAGUGGAGCGGACGGACAACUCACGGAAAUUGGGGCCGAACUGUGUUGCCGAGUGACGAGAUACCGCGAGUACUCAAUCCGAUUCGAAUGUCCCAACGGAAAGAAAGAAUCAGUGAGAAAAUCAGUCUUCAAAAAAUGCGAAUGUGAACCAUGCUAAACCGCAAAAAAGAGCAGUGAACAUUUUUUAUAGAGAAUUUUGAGAAGUUUUUAGAUUUUUCUAGACUGAUUAAAAGCUAGAAUGAGACGAUGAUUUAACUAAUUUUGUGUUACAUAGAUGAACUUUCGAAGGGAUUGUAAUAAGCCUGAACUGAACAGCUAGAGUGUCCACACACCUUUUUAGCCGAUACUGAUUUCGAAUUAGCGAUAACUGAAUAGAAAUUAAUUAUAUACACGAUCAAUUGCAUUGAAGAUGGAUAAAUGUUGCAAUUUAAUGUUUUAGUACAAA